UCCAACUGAGGCAAAAACUCUUUCUGCAGAAUGAAAAUAUUCCAGUUAUCUUGAAUACAUAUUUCAGUCAAAAGGUCACUCUUAAAGCAUCAACAGAUAUAUCUACUGAUAUGGACAAGCCCCUCUUGCAAGAGCCACUGCUUGCUAAAAGGAAUGUAUCUUUAGCCUGGAUAUUUAAUUUAUAUGAUAUAAAAGACAGUUGCUCUUUAAUACCUGCAGUUAAUCAGAUUUCCUGUUCCAAUAUGAAGACUUCUAAAAGUACAGAGAAUUGUUUCAAUAUUGAACCCAAGGUAUCGGUUAUUUCCUUGAAUGACUCUCUUCUUGAUGUUGUGGAGAUGCAAGGGACAACUGAAAGCACUGCAAUCCAAGUCCAAGUAGUUAUCCAGAGAGUCUAUUAUUUGGUUGUUGAAGAUGGUUUCAGAUGUCAUCCUCAUGGAAGUAAUCCUCCCCAGAACACAGCACCAUUUUUAAAAUCAGACCUUCAGAAUUUAAGGUUGUGUCUGCUGGCUCAGGACAUCUAUGGAAUAUUUAGUGAAAUACAGCUUCCAGUUCUAUAUUCCUCUUCACAACUGACAGAAAAAUAUUUCUCGGCUGAAAAUUUUGCGAAGAGUCACCAGGGGAAGCAAGUUACUGCUAACCAGCUUCCUCCAAGUUUCUGUUACAUUCUUGCUGCUUCUGCUGAUUACAAUGAUGCAGAUGAAAGAGAACAAAUAUCAAAUUUAUAUUUUCCCCCAACUGUUCAUAGUCUCAUGGAAAUUUAUCAGAUGGGUGAUUUACCUCAGCGUUGCAGUUUUUGGGCAUAUGUUGUAUAUCGAAGAUUACAGGAAAAGGGCAGUGCUUCUCCAGACCAAAGACAAUUUUGGCUAUUUGUCACUGAUUUCUCAUUGCAAAGAGAGUCUGAGAUCAGUUCUGGAACUCCCAAAACACUACCUGUCUCGGUUGUUUCAUCAUGUGUGGUUGAUGUGGAAGUAAUGGAAGCAUUCAAGAGCUCUUCCCCUUGUAUUGUUUUCUUCAAGGAUGCUAUGUGUGGAAAUGGUAAGAUUAUUUGCAUUGAACGUACCGUUCUCUUGCUACAAAAGCCCCUUUUGUGUAGGGCUGCUGGUGCUGACAUCACUGAGCUGACUGGUCCUGUCAAACUAGAUUAUCUGGAUUCUACCACUCAAAUCAAUUCUAUUUGUACUGUAAGAGGUAUUGUAGUCGGCAUUAAUGAGAGAACUGCUUUCUCUUGGCCUAUAUGUAACACAUGUGGCAAUGAAAAAAUAGAUCAGCAUCCACAAGACAAAGGGUUACCCUACUGCAGCCAUUGCUGUGAAGUUGUAACUUCACCAGUUUUCAAGAUGCAUCUGGAAGUGUUUUUGAAUUGCCAUUCCCAACCAAAAUCCACAGUAAAAAUCAAGCUAUUACAGAAGUCUAUUUCUUCACUUCUAGAAUCAGCAACCAUGGAUAAUGGGAGUUAUGAAGUAACGAGUGUGCUGAGGAAAGAGGUGGGGUUUUUGAAUUGUUAUGUCCAAUCUAUAACCAGCCACCCAUCUAGUUGUAUUGGAUUGGAAGAAAUUGUUCUCUUGGACGCCUGAAAGAACUGAAGGGAAUAUUGUCUGCUUCUGUCUAUGAUCUUUGUAACAUAUUUGUAACUGUACUCAGUUCUUCUAUGCUGCUUUUGAAACAAAACUGUUGUGCCUUUUUUUUAAUGCUCACUUUAAUUUCAAUUCAAACACAAUUGUCAUUUCAAUGAGAGGAGUUAAAUGUACAUUCUUAAAUUUUUUUCUCAUGAAAUUAGUGGAAUUCACAUACACAGAUGUCUGGUCCUCCAGAUUAAUAUCAUAGCACUCAAAGGAAACAUGUUUUUUUUCAGCAAUUUUUUGUUUGUUUUUGUAUUGUGCUGGAGGUUAUAUUUUGUAAUGAGUUCAGGGGUUGAAAUAUUUUUUUACU